CUUGACAUGACAGUCAUGAUGUUUUUCUGUCCUGUAGAACGGGAUCAUGCACUCCUGCGUGCUGUGGAGGAGUUGAAGGCCUUGGUGAGGCAGAACAACCUCCUCCUCCAGGCCCUUACUAGGCAAAAAACGACAGCAGCAGCAGACACUCCAUCUGAGGAAUUUAAGUUCCCAAUGAACAGCGAGGAAGACCUUCAAAGGGUGGAGGAUCUUCUGAGGGAGAAAUCCCAGGAAAAGGCCCUGGCAGCACACCUUAGUGCGCUUGGGGGCUGCAAUCCUGGUGACGCGGUUCGAAGAAUCCUUCGCCACAUCCUCACCAACCACUUCGCGCUGAAAUUCAACUGGCUUGGCAGAGGAGGGAAGAAGCUAGCUUUUGCCUCCUACAAGGUGUGCAAUGUAGUAAGAGGUGCAUCGGCUAGCCAGAACAUUUCGGCCAGCGACUGCGAGGCAGUUAUUAAAAACUGGCUGAAGUGCAGCGGUGACCGGAGUGGAGGAAGAAAGAGGAGAGAAAGCAGAGUGCAUGAAGGUCCCCAGCAGUUCAGUCUUCCUCCUCCGAGUCCUUCCCCGGUCAUCCUGGAUCAUGAUACAACUAGCAGCGACAGUGACGACGACUGCAGCAGCCUGGAGUGACCCGCCUUCCGCCUGCACACCGACUCGGAUUUUAAUUCAUUUUUAAUUAAUUUAUUCUUCAUCUUCUUCUUAUUAUUAUUAUCAUUUUUAAUUUAUUUAUUCUUCAUCUUCUUCUUCUUAUUAUCAUUAUCAUUACAAGUAUUUAAUAAGUAUUUAAUAAAUGUUAACACUUU